AUGGAUAGACCAGAGCCUGGCCUCAUCAAAUGGUCCUCAAAUCCAGCCUACGACACCUUUCUCCAUGUCAACUUGCAACACCGAGUAGUUCAACUCUACGAGCCGACCGGUCUUGCCCAGAACGGUAGCUUCGAUUUUAAAAAAUCAUACAAGUACGAUGAAAUCCCUCCCAUAACCACCUACGAUUGGUCCCCCGCUCAUCCUGGCCUCGUCGCCAUCGGGACGGCGAGUGGUACCGUGGACCUCAUAAAUCUCUAUGGCGAUUCGACCUCUCAUUUGGAACUCCCUAUAAGGAUAACCCGAACUUGCCAGGCGGCAGCCUUCAACACGGGCACGCUGCUGGCUGUCGGAUUGGAGCGCGUGCGCAAUGACCAGUGUCUCAAGAUAUUCGAUGUGAGCCGCCUCGCCGCGCUCGAGCCUGGUGCUUCAUGGUCUCCCCUCGAAGGUUCGAUGAACCCCGUUAUCGGUCUCGAAGCUAGUAUUUCUAUAUCAAGCACCAAAUUUUUCGAGGACAGCCCGCAGGUGUUAGUUGCUGGUAUCAAGAACCAGGGCAUCCGUAUCUAUGAUCUUCGAGACCCACAUGGGGCAGUGGUGAACUACCAGACCAAGUGUAAUAAUAAUCUGGCCAUCGAUUAUGCAGACCAGAACUAUUUCGCCUCGUCUUCGCUAGAUAAGCCGGGCUUGGUGAUUUGGGAUCGGCGUGCGACCUCGCGACCAUCCUCUUCUCGCUUCUAUCUCGAUGCCGUAGACACCGAUGAUUUGCCUUGGGGAGCAGCCCUUAACCUCGAAAGAGCCAUCGACGUCAAGGACGCUAAUUUCCAGGAUAGAGGUUCCUUGGUCCGAUCGCUACGGUUUUGUCGAGAUCGUAGCGGCUUGCUAGCCGUACUCUCUAGAACUGGCCAGCUGAAAGUGCUGGAUACGAGAAGAGAGUUCACACCCCCUGAGGUGCACCCCAAGGACAGUCCUGAGAUCCUAGAGGUUAGGAAGUCGUACGAGCUAGACAUAGCCUAUACGAAAGAUCGAAAGGAUGAUAGGAUCGUCUCAUUUGACUGGGUGAACCUCGACUCUCCUGCCUUGACACCACGGGUGGUAGUUCUCCGUGCUAAUGGAACCUUCGACAUACUUGAGAAGCCAUCCUACACGUCAGAGCACCUUUUCAAGAUGAUACCUUGGCAGGCCCCCCAUCGUGGUCUAGAAGGGAGAGGCAAAUACCAUACUAUUAUGCAGUUUGAGGCGGGCCAAUACUCGGAGAUGAUGGGGCCACUAAACAUCGACAUGGCGCUCAGGGGCGUACGCCUGUUUGGGGCCUGUAAGGAGUCAGUUAAUGCCACGAUCCAAGAAGCGUUAAGGUCGCCUCCGCCUGUGGUUGAUCCGGUUUAUGACUUUGAGGCAAGUAGCGAACAGGUGUCAGAGCUGUCAACCGACACUCCAAAAAUAGCGGACAGGUUGAGAAGACUGAGGGAAUACUCCCAGAAGAUCAUCAAAGCUUCGAAAAAUAUCGAGGACACGGGUCGGCAAAAUUCCGCAGGGGAAGAAUUGAGUCGACCAUUCGCUGACCUGUCCACCAAAGGCAGUGGCCUACCAUCGAAUCGUGAGCUACACGAGAGGCUUCUCGCGUUAGCGCCAGGCACAAAGGGGUUUCCUAAAACGGCCCAGGUCAUCGUAGACCAUACAAUGCUCCUUCGCUCGAAGGAAAAAUACUUAUUUAACUACCUCGCAAAUAGGGAUAUAAUAGCCGACGACCCUUGGUUGAGGGAAAUGUGGGAGUGGAUUGCCGAAGCUGAAGUGGCUACCUCUGAUGCCGGGAUGAUUGCUCAUGGUAUAGACCUGAGUUAUGUUGGCGUUCGUAACAUAUGGACAGGCGAUCUAGGGUAUAGCAAGACAGCAAGGUUGGCAGAUGGUGCGAAGCCUCCGGAUGCUGCCACGUGGGAGCGCUGUCUUCAAGAGAUAAACAAGAGAUCUAGACAGCCGGCGUACGGCGGAUUUGAGACACGAAAACAAACACACAGGCAAGCUGCCUUACGGGUUUGCGGUUGGGGCAGAUCAGCCCAAGAGUACCCGAGCAACGAUUCCAACGUACAACCUGCUCAGCGGAGCUCAUCCUGGUAUACUAUGGUAACCGCGCGCGCUCUCUUCGGAGGUGACUUCGAUAGGGCUGUACAGACCCUUAAAGAUGCCAGUACUGAAUAUCCAGAACUUCUGUUCGUUUCGUUGGCAUUGCAAUUGAAGAGUUCUGGAAGUAAGAGCAGAGGACACGAACAGCUAGAUUUUGACGAUGCGAUGGCUUCUAGGACAGAUCCGUAUCUCCGGGCUAUAUCGUCCCUCAUUGCAACUAAUAACUGGGAGAACAUCGCGAACCAAGAGUCGCUGCCACUCCGCGAGCGCACCUUCGUAGCGCUCCAAUACUUCGACGACGCUAAGCUGACUCGGUGGCUCGACAAAGAACAAGAGAAGGCUAUCGAGACGGGCGAUAUCGAGGGCAUAGUACUAACAGGAAUCACGGACAAUCUUGUCGACAUAUUCGCCAAGUACAUUGAGAAGUUCAACGACGUCCAGACCGCCACCCUCGUGCUAUCUAUUUGCUCUCCACGGUUUAUUAACGACUACCGCUGCAGCGCCUGGCGUAACGCGUAUCGGGCCUACCUUCAGCGUCACCGGGCUUUCCUACAGCGCACCAAAUUCGAAGUCGAGAGCACCAAAAAGAGUAAGCGUGCCGGUAUCCCCACCAUCACUCCACCAUCGCGCCAGAUCGCCCUCCGCUGCGUAUACUGCGACGCCGAGUACGAACUCUCCAAGACGGGCACCAGAGCAGGUGUAGGUGGCCAAGGAGGUCAAGGGCCAACGGCGACGGCCUCGAAUCCGCUCACGGCGACUAACAUCAGCGCGGGCAUCAGCUGCCCAAACUGCGGGAGGCACCUACCGCGCUGCGUUGUGUGCCUCGAGGUGGUGGGGGUGCCGCGUUCGGACCGGCCCGAGGCGUCACCCGAUCUACAAGUCCGACUCGCCGCGCGGUUCCCGACCUUCUGCCUCCGCUGCGAGCACGUUCUGCACCUCGACCACGCACGCCAGUGGUUCAGCCGCCACGUCGAGUGCCCCGUCCCUGAGUGCCGUUGCCGCUGCAACUUUAAGGCGAACCCCGAGCUCAGCUAUCAUUGA